UGAUGUUUUUGGAAAAUGCUUGUUUCAUUUUUAACCCGAGCCUGUUUAGCAGGAAAAUAUCGUGCUGAGUGGAAGCACUGUUUUUCACCCAACUUCCCCCGGCUCCGACCCGGUUUUGCUGCAGAAAGGGGCGGUUUCAUCCCAUCGUGGCAGGCGCCGAUCGGAGGAGUACCCAGUGAAAUCACAUCUCGUGUGUUUCACGUAAAGGAAGUGCUACUCGGGGGAGGGAGCUAUAAUUUAUCUGUUGAGAUUGAAGAGAUCUUAUCCCUGGAAGAAAGGUCUUCCACAUCUUCUGCAAAACACUUUUUCAAGCACUUGAUUCAGCUAGAAGAAUUAGGAUGGUAUCAAGCAUUUUUAGAUGAAUUGAGAGCUGUGGGUUACACUGGUCUGAAGGAUGCCAUUGAGAAAGCUGAUUUUUCUGAAAUUGAAAGGUUGCGGGAUUAUAAAGAGCUUCUGAGUCGUGUUUCUCAAACAAUUGUUUCUAACAUAAAACCAAAUGAUGUUCUUCGAUUCAUGCCGUGUCUACUAACCAGAGAACAUGAAGAAAUUAGCAAGGUCUGUGAACGCAGGGGUGACACUGCAGGAGCAGAGGUGUUACUUGAGUGUUUGAGAAGGUCAGAUAAACAGCAGUUUUACAAGGAGUUCUGCUUAGCCAUGGACAGAUGCAACUAUGAAGCAGUGAUACCCCUUAUAUCUUCAGACUCUGAUGAGGCAUCUAACAGCUCUUUAACCAUGGAGUCUGUCAUCCAGUACUCCGAAGAACCAGAAAAUAUGGACACUUGUAGUGCACCAGACAACAGUACAGAAAACUAUAGCCAACAAAAUUCAGAUGCCACUAAACAUUUAGAAUUGAGAGCUUAUCAAGUGGAGCUGGCAGAAUCUGCAGUAGCAGGAGACAACACCAUCAUUUGUGCUCCUACAGGGUCUGGGAAAACUAUUGUUGCCCUGCACAUUGCUGAAAGCCAUCUCAUGGAGAGUUUUGAAGGGGAGAAGCGUAAAGUUGCCUUCAUGGCUACAACGGUUCCUAUCUUUCAGCAGCAGUUGGAAUUGUUUAAAAAUCACUUCAAGAACACCAGCUUCGGAGUGUUUGGAAUGUGUGGAGACCAGGUGAACAAUUCUCCGGUGAAGGAGUUCGUUGAGAUGAAUGAUAUCAUAAUCCUGACACCGCAGAUUCUUCUAAAUUGUCUCAAAGCUGAACAGAUUUCAUCGCUUACCAUCUUCACCCUGCUAAUAUUUGAUGAGUGCCACAAUACAGUCAAAAAUCACCCAUACAAUGUUUUAAUGAAGGCGUAUUUGGAUAUCAAGAUGGGCACAAGACAAAGUCCAUUACCUCAGAUUGUUGGAUUGACAGCGUCCGUUGGGGUCGGUGAUGCCAGAUCAGAAAAAGAUGCAGUAGAGUAUAUUUUGCACAUUUGUGCCAGUCUCGAUGCUGAAAGCGUAUCAACCGUGAACAAGAAUAUGGAAGAACUGGAGAAAUAUGUUUUUGUUUCAAAGAAACAAAUGAAAAAAGCUCCCAAGCGUACAAAGGAUCUGUUUGCAGACAUUAUUAUUCAAAUGAUGGUUCAAGUUGAACGAAUGGCCAAGCGUGUUUAUGACAUUGAUAAACUGUCACACAUCCAGAAUCAAGACCACGGCUCUCAGAAGUAUGAACAGUGGAUCAUCGAAGUUCAGAAAAGAUGCAAAGUGCUUCAAAUGCAGGACAUAGAAAAGGAGCGAGAGGUUUGUCGGGCUCUCUUCACUUACACAGAGCACUUGCGGAAAUACAACGAUGCUCUGAUUAUCAAUGACGAUGCACACACCAAAGAUGCAGUAAACUACCUGGAUCGUUUCUUCACUAACGUGAAAGAAGGCAGAUAUGAUAAGACAGAGCAGGCACUUACUGCUUUAUUUGAAGCAAAGAAACAGGAGCUAAAGAGAAUUGAAGCUGACCCAGCGAAUGAAAAUCCCAAAUUGGGUGAAGUGAGGAGGAUUCUGUGUGAGGAGUAUCAGAGAAACCCAAAAUCCAAAACCAUCAUGUUCGUCAGAACCAGAGCUCUUGCUGAGGCGUUCAUAAAUUGGUUAAAAGAAACUGCGGCACUGUCAUUCUUAAAACCUGAAAUGUUGUUGGGACGAUCAAAGAACACAGGAAUGACUCUCCCCUCACAAAAAGGAGUGCUGACUUCCUUUAGAAAUGAAUUUACAGGAUGCAACAUCAUUGUGACAACAUCUGUUGCUGAUGAAGGAAUCGACAUUGCACAAUGCAACCUUGUGUUGCUGUACGAAUAUGUUGGAAAUGUUAUAAAAAUGAUCCAAACAAGAGGCCGUGGAAGAGCACAAGACAGCAAGUGCAUUCUUAUUACCAGCAAGGAAGAACAAAUAGAAAGAGAAAGGAUCAAUGCUAUACAAGAGAAGAUAAUGUACGAAGCUAUAAAGAAAUUGCAACAAUGGGACAAGAAAACAUUUAUCAAAAAGAUAAGCAGCAUCCAAGAGGAUGCGAAGAAAUUGAGGGAAUUAAAGAGCAACGAAUGUACCAAGAAGCCAGAUGCAAGUUACAAGCUAUUUUGUGGAAAGUGCAAGACUUACGCAUGCAAUUCCGAUGACAUAAGAACCAUUGAAGACGCACAUCACGUAGUUAUUGACAAAACCUUCUCGAACCGCUAUCAAACUCGACCUCACAGAAACCCAAAAAACUAUGGUUCAAUGCAGAAGAGAGAGAAAUUGCACUGCAAGGACUGUGGACAUGACUGGGGGAUCACUGCAAAUUUCAGCUUAUUUAAAGAUCUACCAGUAAUUAAAAUUGAGAGUUUUGUUCUCCAAAACAUCAAAACUGGUGCUCCGGCUAUUGUAAGGAAAUGGAAGGAUGCACCAUUUUCAAUCAGCAAGUUUGAAGGUACUGAAAUUUGUCAGGACCUAUAAAUAAGAUCUGAAACAUCAAUUUCCUUAUUAGAUGAUUCUUCAUUAAACAUAAAGAUGUCACCCAUAACAGAAGUUUGAUACACUUUCCAAUUUAGAAACAGAAUCAUGUUUAUUAUCACCGGCAUGGGUCAUGAAAUUUGUUAACUAAGCAGCAGCUCAAUGCGGUACAUGAUAACAUAGAAAUGAAAAAAAUCAAUUCAAUCACAGCAAGUAUAUUUAUGUAUUUUGAAUAGAUUCCAAAUAGUGCAAAAACAGAAAUAAUAUAUUUUAAAAAGUGAGAUAGUGUCCAUGGGUCCAUUGUCUGUUUAGUUGUAUGGCAGAGGGGAAGAAGCUGUUCCUGUAAUUUAGCUGCAAAACCAAUCAGGAGCACAGUUAGAAUUUUCAUUCAGCACUUGGCCAUCAGGAGUCAAUUUUUGAAAUGAUCUGAAGAUUCAAAUCUUUACUACAAAGCAAUGUAAAUACUUACGUUUGUACUUUCCAGUUAUAAGCCUGAAUUUGCACUGGUAGAUAUAUCAGAACAUGGUUCAGAAACCAAGAUAUCAUGUAGUCAUUUUGAUAAAAUCUUGCUGUGGCAAUCAUACACUUUGUUAUUGAAUAGUAGAGGAAGUAUUUUCAUUCUGGUUGCACAAAUAAAUGAAAGCUACUAAUAAAUGUAUUCCAGGUUUCAACUUUUUUAAGAACCUAGAAGUGGUGAGCAUGUGCAGCUUAUAGCCAUGGGGAGUUAGAAACGUAGAAAACCUACAGCACAUAUGAAGCUGGGCCAAACAUGUCCUUACCUCAGAGCUACCUAGGCUUACCCAUAGCCCUCUAUUUUUCUAAGCUCCAAGUACCUAUGGUUGAGGCAAAUAACCUGUUUGGUGGAACCCAAAUCAUACUGACCCUGGGCGUUUAUUGCUUAUGAAAGGUGGCCUUCUCACUGCUGAGUCACGUGGCUGUUAGCAGAGUCAGCUAACAAGCCAGGUUUGUAUACGAGCUCGGUGAAAGGGUCACAUGUCUAUUUCCCUCCACAGAUUUUAUCUGACCCACUGGACUCUGCUCCAGAUUUCAGCAUCUGCUGGUUUUCAUGUCUCUGUGGAAUUAUAGGCUAGCUUGUCAUAUUUCUAUGCUGUAGACCCAAGAGAAAGUGCUUGACUCAAAUAUGUAGGGCAACUUUUUAAGUUUUAGCAAUUAUAUUUGUACAAGAGUCAUUUAGAAUUUAGAGGUAUAUUGAAUUUUCUAUGCUGCAUCAUUGAACACUUAUAAUGCACAAAUGACAAAUUACCGUGUUGUAACUUAAUGAAAACAUAGGUAUGUGCAGUGCAGUGUGAUAAUUCUCCAAGACAAAAGCCAUGCCAUCCCUUGAGGCAGUGUAUUCCAAACAAAGACGGC